AUGGUUCCCUGGACUCUGUGUUCAAUGAGUGGGCGCACUUUCGUCACCACUCACCUGCGGGCCACCAGGGACGGCUCCCGAGCUGGCAGCCUGAGACCUAAAGCAGCCUCCGCCUCUGGCUUGGGCUGCCACAACACAGCUUUCCCAGCUCCCCAGGUCCGCGAAGUGCUGACCAGGUGGAGCCCGCGCAGGCUGAGGCCUCCUUCGACCCCCCCACCCUCACUUGAUGCCUGCUCAGGACAGUCCUCGGGGCGCUGCAGUGUUCCCCAGUGCACAUCUGAGGGCGUGCCCGAGGCCUCUUCCGAUCCCGGCCCUGGCCCCGUGGCCAACAGCAGCUCCCGCGGCUCCUCCCCAGCGAAGGACAUGGACAACGCCAAGGGCCACGCUCAUGCUGGCAAGAGUGCAGCGAGCUGGUGCAGCGCCCCGCUGGCACCUCUGGAGCUCAUCUCUGCACACAAGUGGGGCAGCGUGGUGACCAUGCUCGAUGCUUGGCUUGCUACUCAAGAGGGGCCAGUGAGCAUGGCCGUGAAGGGGCCCCCAGCCCAUCCAGGGCCCCCGUUCCUGGGAGGCCCCAUGCCGUCCCACGUGGACUAUGGGUCGCCGCCGCCACCACUGCUCUGCAGAUCCUUCGGGCCUCGGCCGAUGUCUCCUAGGCCACCGCAACCAUUCGUUGCACGCAUGGGCCCACCACUGGGCUUAAGAGACUAUGCGCCCGGCAUGCUGCCCGGACGCCACGACCUGCCGCUACAUCCUCGCGAGUUCUUGCCGGGACCUGACUACCAACCACCAAGUGCCGGGCUCCCGGACUACCCACCGCCGCCUGCCCGGCCCCACGACUACCCACCGCCGCCUGCGGGGGUCCCAGGAAAACCCACCACCAAGUGCCGGGCCUCAGGACCAUGGAUGGCCGCCCUCUGCGAGCCUAAACUUCGCAUGCUCCUGAGACCUAAAGCAGCCUCCGCCUCUGGCUUGGGCUGCCACAACACAGCUUUCCCAGCUCCCCAGGUCCGCGAAGUGCUGACCAGGUGGAGCCCGCGCAGGCUGAGGCCUCCUUCGACCCCCCCACCCUCACUUGAUGCCUGCUCAGGACAGUCCUCGGGGCGCUGCAGUGUUCCCCAGUGCACAUCUGAGGGCGUGCCCGAGGCCUCUUCCGAUCCCGGCCCUGGCCCCGUGGCCAACAGCAGCUCCCGCGGCUCCUCCCCAGCGAAGGACAUGGACAACGCCAAGGGCCACGCUCAUGCUGGCAAGAGUGCAGCGAGCUGGUGCAGCGCCCCGCUGGCACCUCUGGAGCUCAUCUCUGCACACAAGUGGGGCAGCGUGGUGACCAUGCUCGAUGCUUGGCUUGCUACUCAAGAGGGGCCAGUGAGCAUGGCCGUGAAGGGGCCCCCAGCCCAUCCAGGGCCCCCGUUCCUGGGAGGCCCCAUGCCGUCCCACGUGGACUAUGGGUCGCCGCCGCCACCACUGCUCUGCAGAUCCUUCGGGCCUCGGCCGAUGUCUCCUAGGCCACCGCAACCAUUCGUUGCACGCAUGGGCCCACCACUGGGCUUAAGAGACUAUGCGCCCGGCAUGCUGCCCGGACGCCACGACCUGCCGCUACAUCCCCGCGAGUUCUUGCCUGGACCUGACUACCAACCACCAAGUGCCGGGCUCCCGGACUACCCACCGCCGCCUGCCCGGCCCCACGACUACCCACCGCCGCCUGCGGGGGUCCCAGGAAAACCCACCACCAAGUGCCGGGCCUCAGGACCAUGGAUGGCCGCCCUCUGCGAGCCUAAACUUCGCAUGCUCCUGAGACCUAAAGCAGCCUCCGCCUCUGGCUUGGGCUGCCACAACACAGCUUUCCCAGCUCCCCAGGUCCGCGAAGUGCUGACCAGGUGGAGCCCGCGCAGGCUGAGGCCUCCUUCGACCCCCCCACCCUCACUUGAUGCCUGCUCAGGACAGUCCUCGGGGCGCUGCAGUGUUCCCCAGUGCACAUCUGAGGGCGUGCCCGAGGCCUCUUCCGAUCCCGGCCCUGGCCCCGUGGCCAACAGCAGCUCCCGCGGCUCCUCCCCAGCGAAGGACAUGGACAACGCCAAGGGCCACGCUCAUGCUGGCAAGAGUGCAGCGAGCUGGUGCAGCGCCCCGCUGGCACCUCUGGAGCUCAUCUCUGCACACAAGUGGGGCAGCGUGGUGACCAUGCUCGAUGCUUGGCUUGCUACUCAAGAGGGGCCAGUGAGCAUGGCCGUGAAGGGGCCCCCAGCCCAUCCAGGGCCCCCGUUCCUGGGAGGCCCCAUGCCGUCCCACGUGGACUAUGGGUCGCCGCCGCCACCACUGCUCUGCAGAUCCUUCGGGCCUCGGCCGAUGUCUCCUAGGCCACCGCAACCAUUCGUUGCACGCAUGGGCCCACCACUGGGCUUAAGAGACUAUGCGCCCGGCAUGCUGCCCGGACGCCACGACCUGCCGCUACAUCCCCGCGAGUUCUUGCCUGGACCUGACUACCAACCACCAAGUGCCGGGCUCCCGGACUACCCACCGCCGCCUGCCCGGCCCCACGACUACCCACCGCCGCCUGCGGGGGUCCCAGGAAAACCCACCACCAAGUGCCGGGCCUCAGGACCAUGGAUGGCCGCCCUCUGCGAGCCUAAACUUCGCAUGCUCCUGAGACCUAAAGCAGCCUCCGCCUCUGGCUUGGGCUGCCACAACACAGCUUUCCCAGCUCCCCAGGUCCGCGAAGUGCUGACCAGGUGGAGCCCGCGCAGGCUGAGGCCUCCUUCGACCCCCCCACCCUCACUUGAUGCCUGCUCAGGACAGUCCUCGGGGCGCUGCAGUGUUCCCCAGUGCACAUCUGAGGGCGUGCCCGAGGCCUCUUCCGAUCCCGGCCCUGGCCCCGUGGCCAACAGCAGCUCCCGCGGCUCCUCCCCAGCGAAGGACAUGGACAACGCCAAGGUGAGCAUGGCCGUGAAGGGGCCCCCAGCCCAUCCAGGGCCCCCGUUCCUGGGAGGCCCCAUGCCGUCCCACGUGGACUAUGGGUCGCCGCCGCCACCACUGCUCUGCAGAUCCUUCGGGCCUCGGCCGAUGUCUCCUAGGCCACCGCAACCAUUCGUUGCACGCAUGGGCCCACCACUGGGCUUAAGAGACUAUGCGCCCGGCAUGCUGCCCGGACGCCACGACCUGCCGCUACAUCCUCGCGAGUUCUUGCCGGGACCUGUGCCAUUCAGGCCUCCAGGCCCGCUCGGCGCCCGAGCAUAUUUCAUUUCGGAUCUGCGAAUGCCACCCGCUGGACUCCAAGACUACCGACCACCACCUGCCGGGCCCCAGGAUAACCCACCGAUGCCUGCCGGGCCCCAGGACAACCCACCACCGCCUGCUGGGCGCCAGGCCUACCCACCACCACGUGCCGGGCACCAGCACUACCCACCACCGCCUGCCAGGCCCCAGGACUACCAACCACCAAGUGCCGGGCUCCAGGACUACCCACCGCCGCCUGCCCGGCCCCACGACUACCCACCGCCGCCUGCGGGGGUCCCAGGAAAACCCACCACCAAGUGCCGGGCCUCAGGACCAUGGAUGGCCGCCCUCUGCGAGCCUAAACUUCGCAUGCUGUGA